UCAUACGACUCUCCCUCUUUUGGCGGGUUGUCACUCCCGUCUGUUCUCUUCCUCUGUUAGAACUCCAUGGUGCCCUACCAGCACUGACGCCAAUCCCCAUCAUUGAGCCGACCUACUUCCUCUUCCCCUGUCUAUUUCUCCCAAAACACCCAACCUCGUCCCUGUCUCUGUUUCACCCAAAACGCCCAGUCUGCUUCUGUUUCGCCCAAAAUCGCACAAAACCUCCUGUAAUCAGAGCUGCAUCGCGACCCAAUUCUCUAAGUUUUCUGAUUCCCUCCAUCGAGACCAUCGCAGGGAUAGAUUGGGGCAGCUUUUGGAUUCUAGCUGCAUACAACUUAUUUAGCUGUUACUUGGAUCGGUUUCUUCAAAGAUAACCAUAGAUGUAAGCCCAAAACAUCGGUCAAGGGGACAAGAGGGUCAGUUUAACUUGUGGGGUAUCAUGUGGGAUUUGAUUAUACUGUCGGGGUUAGGUUUUGUUCAAACCAACACUGUUGUCUUAAGUUUGGGCUUGUGCUAUACUACUCGCUUGUUUUCCCCAAAUUACUAAAUGAACCUCUUUGAAAUUUGAAGAGGCAUUAAUCCAUAUUCCGGAGGAACAUGCUGCAAAUUUGGGCAAAGCAUUCGAUCAGUUCUUGCCUACCAUGAUAUUACAUACAGCAGAUACUUCUCCAGUGUAUGCCAUCGUCGUUUUCUCGUUUCAUCCCAAGGGGCCUUUCUCUAUCCCAAAUCCAACGCUUCAUACCUAAAAGCUGGAAACGAGGUACCACCCAAUUUGAGAAACCAUCAGCACCGUCUAUUUUCGAAACAGGUUCAGCAGUUGAUGAUUCUAUGAUAGAUUUUCUUCUUAUAUCCAUUAAGAACUAUGCAAGCGAGGGUAAUUUAUCAAAAGCAUUCAAAGCUUUCUCUCUUCUCAAGCUCCAUGGCUCUUCUGCCACUUCUUGUGACCUUAUCUUGCAUCCCAUCUCUUCUCUUCUCUUGUCUUGCGCCAACCAUAAAUCUUUCCCACAGGGUGAACAGCUUCAUGCACAUAUUGUCAGAUUGGGUUUUGAGCGACACCCCAUUUUGGUUUCCAAGCUGGUUACUCUUUACUCAAGCUUUAAUCUCCAUGUUGAUGCUCAUAUUGUCAUUGAGAAUUCAAAUAUAUUGCAUCCUCUUCCUUGGAAUGUGCUCAUCUCUUCAUAUGUUAAAAAUGAACUUUUGGAUGAGGCUCUCUCUACGUAUAAACAAAUGGUCAAUAAGGGGGUUAGACCAGAUAGUUUCACUUACCCGUCUGUUCUCAAGGCAUGUGGUGAAAAAUUGGAUAUAGGGUUUGGGAGGGAGGUGCAUAAGUCAAUCAAUGCUAGUUGUCAGGAUUGGAAUUUAUUUGUGCAUAAUUCAUUGGUCUCCAUGUAUGGGAGAUUUGGGCUUGUGGAUGUUGCUCGUCACUUGUUUGACAAAAUGCCCACAAGGGAUGAGAUCUCUUGGAAUGCAAUGAUAUCUGGUUAUGCCUCCAAGGGCAUGUGGACGGAAGCAUUUGAGCUGUUUGGAAGCAUGCGGAUGGAGGGUCUUGGAGUUGAUAUCUUAACUUGGAAUACCAUAGCUGGAGGAUGCUUGAGGACAGGCAAUUUCAAGGGUGCACUUGAGUUGCUUUCUCAAAUGAGAAUCUGUGGUAUUUUAUUGGACUCGGUAGCAUUGAUUAUUGGUUUGAGUGCUUGUUCCCACAUUGGAGUCAUUAAGUUAGGGAAGGAGAUUCAUGGUUCUGCAAUUCGUAGUUGUUGGGAUGGCUAUGAUAAUGUUAAACAUGCAUUAAUUACAAUGUAUUCCAGGUGCAAAGACCUUAGGCAAGCCUAUGCUUUGUUUCAAUUGAUAGAAGAUAGAAGUAUAAUUACUUGGAACUCCAUGCUUUCUGGUUAUUCCCGCAUGGACCGAGCUGAGGAAGCUUCAUUCUUAUUUAGGGAGAUGUUGUGUUCUGGAAUUGAACCUAAUUACAUUACAAUUGCCAGCAUCCUUCCCCUCUGUGCUCGGGUAGCGAAUCUUCAACAUGGGAAGGAGUUCCACUGCUACAUCACAAAACGUGUAGUGUUUGAUGAUUAUUUACUUCUGUGGAAUGCUCUUGUGGACAUGUAUGCCAGAUCAGGCAAAAUUUUAGAAGCUAAACGAGUAUUUGAUUCAAUGUCUAAGCGAGAUGAAGUAACUUAUACUUCAAUGAUUGCAGGAUAUGGAGUCCAGGGUGAGGGAAAAGCUGCAUUGAAGUUAUUUGAAGAGAUGAACAUGUUACACAUCAAACCUGAUCAUGUAACCAUGGUUUCAAUUUUAUCAGCUUGUAGCCAUUCUCGUCUUGUAAUCCAAGGCCAAAUGCUUUUUGAAAAGAUGAUGAGUGUGUAUGGUAUAACUCCCCGUUUGGAGCACUAUGCUUGCAUGGUUGAUCUUUACGGGAGGGCUGGUCUAUUAAACAAAGCAAAGGAGAUUAUCACAAGGAUGCCUUACAGCCCAACUUCUGCAAUGUGGGCUACUCUUCUUGGAGCUUGUCGGAUCCAUGGAAAUAUAGAUAUAGGGGAAUGGGCAGCCGAGAAGCUGUUGGAAAUGAGACCUGAAAAUUCUGGUUACUACGUGUUAAUUGCUAACAUGUAUGCUGCUGCUGGUUGUUGGAACAAGCUAGCGAGAGUGAGGACUUUCAUGAGGGACUUGGGUGUGAGGAAGGCUCCUGGCUGUGCUUGGGUUGAUGUGGGCGAUGGAUUCUCCCUGUUUUUGGUGGGGAACACAACAAAUGAGCUGAGAAAUGACAUUUACCUUCUGUUGGAUGGAUUAACUGAGCUAAUGAAAGAUGCUGAUCCUGUUGUCAAUGAGGAUUUUAGUUCAGGUUAUGAUGUUGUUUGAGUAGUAGUAUGGAAAAAGGGAACUAAUUAUACUAAACAAAAGGAUUGCUAACAUAUCUCAUCUGAAUUGAUUUUGGUUCUUUUAUAUAGGCCAUCAAACAAAAAGUUUCUAUGCGUUGCAAAUUUCCCCUAUCAAAUCUCAUCUCCCCUCGCAUUCAAGUAAUUGAAGCACCAACCAACCUGCUAUAAGAUGUGUCAUUAUAACGUUCUAGAGGGAAAUUGCAAUGAGACUGGUUGCGCAGCCUGGUGACAAGCUCUAUUCUCGUCUUGACUCUUACUGUCAAAAGAAGAAAAAAAAACCGUGCUGUAUAAAUCUUGACAAAAAAAAAAUUGGUGUCGUUUGAAUUUCAAUUUUCAUUUAAAUUAUCAAAGAAUUAAAAUUUUUUUUAAAAAAAGUUUGAUCCAUUGUUAUCUGAUGGAGCACCAAACACAGAAUAACUUAAUCAAACUAUUUAUUUGGAAUAGUACCCACCGCCUUAAAUUAGUUCGCACACUCCAGAAUAAAUUAAUAAUAUUCGACAUAAAUUAGUUAGUACAGUACAACGUAACAAACGAGUCCUUAGGCACAUAAAGAAAUACAAAAUAAAAAUAAAAUAAAAUAAAACAACUCU